AUGUCGUCGUCGCGCGUCCCUGAUUCAGUCAUGUACCUUGUUCCCUCAUGGGACACUGUUCAUGCCAAAAGAGGCAAAGAGUGGACUCUGCACGCUCCCGGAAGAAGCAGGGUCGUGAAAGGGUUAAAGCACCUAGAGAAGUUCGGUAUCCCCGGAGUUAUAGGAUUCGUCGAUGGCACAGAGGUGGCCAUUGUCACUCCACCUCGAGACAUGAACCCCCAAGGAUUCUGGAUUAGGAAGCACCACUGGCGCUAUCCGCGCCAACUCGACAACAAGGCUAGCGACGCUGACCUCAGGAUUCUUUCAGUAAACGCAAGUUUCCCUGGGGCGAAUCACGACGCAUUCAUUUGGUCAAAUUGGGAUUCGGCAUGUCCUAGGGAGCCUUGGGUGCUGCUCACCCUGAUCUUGAAUACACUCCCUAACUCACCGGAGGAACACUAUACGAGCCUCCAUUGUAAAGCCAGAAAUUGUAUCGAAAUAUGCUAUGGUGUACUAAAAGCUCGCUUCAGAUGCCUCCUAAAAGAGCGUGUUCUAAAUUACCAUCCAUCUAAAGCAGCAAAGAUUGUAAAAGCAUGCUGCGUCCUCCACACCAUGGCCCAACUGGGUGGACUUCCAGAUGAUGACGUCCUUGUCGAGGAGGGGGAGGAGGAUGGAAUUCCCUGGGUACCCAACGAAGCUGAGGCCAUGCUGCUGGAGGCUGAAGAAGAAGCAGACGAGGAGCUGCUGGUGCAGGUCGACAAUGAUGUGCAGAGAGUGGGGAUAGCUUCCUCAACAUUUGCAGUUUUAGUCAACUUAAGGCAGUAUAUGAGUGGUGCUCCUAACAGCUAG